ACACACAGACAGAACUAAUCGAUCCCAGAGGGAGUCGAUCCGCGGACUGCUCGUCGUCAGAACCCGGAAAUCAGGUGCAGACCGACGGUGACCCGACCUCCGGACCUUUCAGCCAUGGUCUUCGAGUCUCUGGUCAGCGACCUGCUCAACAGGUUCAUCGGAGACUACGUGGAGAACCUGGACAAGUCCCAGCUCAAGAUCGGGAUCUGGGGAGGAAACGUUGUUCUGGAGAACCUGAAAGUGAAGGAGAAUGCUUUGAGUGAGUUUGAUGUUCCAUUCAAAGUGAAGGCCGGACAGAUCGGGAAGCUGACGUUGAAGAUUCCCUGGAAGAAUCUCUACAAUGACGCUGUGGUCGCCACGCUGGACGGCCUGUACCUGCUGGUGGUUCCUGGAGCCACAAUAAAGUAUGAUGCAGCGAAAGAGGAGCGCGACCAGCAGGAGGCCAAGCAGAGGGAGCUGCAAUGCAUCGAGGAGGCGCUACAGCUGGCUGCACGCAGAGCGUCUCAAACUGGAGAUCUGCUGUUCAGCCUGGAGAGUGUUGUUUACAAGGAUCCUCACAAUGUCCCAAAAGGAUCUAAAAAACAUAAAAAGCCUAGAAAAGGCUUAAAGAAGCUGAAACGGCAUGAGAACAAAGCAGAAAAGCCUCAGGAGAACAAGAAGGACACGUUCGCGGAGAAACUGGCGACUCAGGUGAUCAAAAACCUGCAGGUGAAGAUCAGCAGCAUCCACCUGCGCUACGAGGACGACCUGUCAGACCCACAGCGCCCCCUGUCUAUGGGAGUCACUCUGUCAGAGCUCAGCCUGCAGACUACUGAUGAAAACUGGAAGUCGUGCAUCCUGAACGAAGCAGCAAAGAUCAUCUAUAAGCUCGGCCGUCUGGAUUGUCUCUGCGCCUACUGGAACGUCAACAGUCCGAUCUUUUACAAAGGAUCAUGGGAAGACAUUGUGAAUCAGCUGAAGUGUGGAAUCAGCAGUAAAGAUCAGGAGCUUCCUCACUAUCAGUACAUUUUCAAGCCGAUCUUCGCUUCGGCUAAAAUGUGCAUCAACCCGAACGCUGAGCUGGAGCUGAAAACUCCAAAAGCAAACCUUCACCUGGAGGUCCAGAACAUCGCCAUAGAGAUGACCAAACCACAGUACGUGACCAUGGUGGAGGUGCUGGAGUCCAUCGACUACAUGGUGAAAAACGCCCCCUACAGGAAGUUCAGGCCGGACGCCCCCGUCCACCAAAACGCCAAACUCUGGUGGAGGUACGGCUUCAACAGCAUCCUGGAGGUCCACAUCAGACGCUUGGGUCACAUGUGGUCCUGGUCCAGCAUCAGAAAGCACAGAGAGAACCUGAAAGCCUACAAGACCGCCUACAAGGCCAAACUGCUGAGCCAGAACAAGCCGAGCCAGGACACCGAGCGACACAUCCAGGAUCUGGAGAAAGUUCUGGACGUCUUCAACAUCACAUUGAUCCGGCAGCAGGCCCACAUGGAGGUGAUCAGGUCGGGACAGAAGGUGGUGGGGAAGAAGGCGGCGGGGGGGCAGAAGCCUGGAGGAGGAGGAGGAUUCUUCAGCAGCUUCUUUGGUAAAAAGGCCAAGAAGGAGGAGCAGGAGCCAGAGGAGAACAAGGAGACGGAGAGUUCGGGGUUGGACGACCUCCUGACGGCUGAGGAGAAAGAAAAACUUUACACUGCCAUCGGCUACAGCGGCAGCUCUCACAACCUGACUUUACCCAAGCAGUAUGUUGCAGUGGUCGUCAGUUUCCAGCUGUUCAGCACCUCGGUGAUGGUCAGAGAGCAGCCGGAUGUGCCGGAAAUCCUCAAAAUCCAGAUGAUCGAUCUCAGCACCAAAAUAUCUCAGAGACCCGGAGCGCAGGCCUUCAGGGUGGAGGCGGCGCUGCAGCACUGGUUCGUCACAGGUCUACAGCAGCAGGGGGAGGUGCCUUCGCUCAUCGCCUCGGUGGGAGACUCGUCCUCCUCGCUGCUCGACGUCGUGUUCGAGUUGAACCCCGAGGAGUCCGCCGCCGACCAGCUGCUCAGAGUCCAUUCUCAGCCCGUCGAGAUCAUCUAUGACGCACUGACGGUGAACAGUGUGGUGGACUUCUUUAAGGCCGGGAAAGGUGUCGAUCUGGAGGUCCUGACCUUGGCCACGCUCUCCAAACUGGAGGAGAUCAAAGACAAAACUGCCACAGGUUUGUCUCACAUCAUUGAGACCAGGAAGGUCCUGGACUUGAGGAUUGACCUGAAGCCGUCCUACCUGCUCAUACCCAAGGCUGGUUUCUACAGCAGCACGUCGGACCUCAUCAUCGUAGACUUUGGCAGCUUAGAGUUGAACAGCGUUGAGCAGAGCGGUUCAUCUUCGUCCUCCUUCUCCUCUCUGGAGGAAAUCAUGGAUCGAGCCUACGUGAGAUACAACGUGGAGCUACGACGAGUUCAGGUGCUCUACAGCAAAUCAGGUGAGGCCUGGAAGUCUGCUCGGCUGCAGGGUUCAUCGGUCCAGCACAUCCUCCAGCCGAUGGACUUCACCGUCCAGCUGGCCAAGUGUAUGGUGGAGAAGGACGCCAGGAUGCCCAGGUUCAAGGUGUCAGGGGAGCUGCCGCUGCUGCACGUCAAGAUCUCAGACCAGAAGAUCCACCAUGUUCUGAAUCUGGUCGACAGCAUCCCGCUCCCCAACAUGGGCUCCCCCCCGUCCACACCCACGGAGAAGGUACACUUGGUACAGUCUGGUUGAACUGUGACCACGCCCACUGAAAUGAUCAGUAGCAGGUGGCUGUCGUGAGGUGUGCAGACGGCGCGGCGGACGAGGAAGUAACUCACGGACGGAGAGCUUGUAAA